UCAAAUGUCAAAGCUGAAACAGACUUGGCUACUUUUUACUUUAUUCUCAUCUGGGCCUCACCCUGAUGACUUUACUUCACUAAUAUUUCUCACGAAACACAAAUCCUAGAAGCCAUCGUAUUCAAAUCACUAUUGGUAUCAAAUCACCAUGUCAACAUGGAAUAAAGCCCAAUGUCGAGCACCGGGUAUCGUCAAAUUGGAUGAGCAGGAGGAGAGCGACCUGCUGACCAGCGGCAGAGAUCCCAGCGAUCCAGAGGAGGAGACCGAUCUGGAUACCGCCUACGAUGAGCUGGAGGAGAUGAAGCAGCGCCUUAUCGAACUGCGUAACAAGAUAAUAAUCGCAAAUCCAGAUGUAUGCCAGGAUCUGAAAGUUCGGGAGCUCUGGCCCACAGAGGGCGGAGAACUGCAGGAAUUGCGUCACCAGAAGUGCCAGCUAUUUUGCCGACUUCGAGAGGUAACCCAACACCUGGAGGAUUCGCAAAACGAGCUCAAGGAACUUGAGGCUUGCUGCUGCCAGCUGCAAUCCCGCCUCCAUCAGGCAAAUCGGCAGAUUAACAGCUUCGAAGAUUUCAAACUUAAGGUCAUCCACCAAUUCGGGCUGUGCAUUGAGCGUUGGGAGCACCAGAAGACCCACAAGAUGGACUGCGCCACCUACCGCAGGGAAAUGGAGGCCCACGUUCAUCACGCGGACAACUCGCGAAAGAGCGUGGUGUCCCACACGUGCCACAAGUCCUUCCGACGCCGCAUCCGCAUCGAGCUCCUGCUGCUCCGUGUUUUCCUGCACAAUCUCUUCGAGACGAUGGUGAGCGACUUUAAGUUCUUUAGCCGCCACAUGAGCAUUAACUUCUCUAUUGGAUCUGUCCACAUCACAUCCCCCAAAGUUUCAGAAACUCCACUCGACCAGGAGGGUCACAAAUAAAAGCUGCAACAAUUAA